GCCCUUCUCCUUUUCCCAGAGACCAACCCCUGCUGCAGCUGAGCUCCAUCCCCUCACAUCCCCCCACGGUCCCGGCCCACACACCCCCUCCCCGUCCCACUUCGCCUCCACCCACGAGGGCCUCAGCGUCCCGGGACCUGGGCUGGGUGACUCGGGUCGCUCUUGGGGGGCCGGCUCGUUUGCCUCUGGGCCGUGGCCGUGACUCUUAGACCCGAACUGGGGCCUGGGCGACUCUGGCCGUGUCUCUUAGACCCGAAGUGGGGCCUCGGAGACUCUGGCCUCGCGGCCCGAGGGUUAACCCGGGCGCUGCGCGGCGCGGGGCGGGGCUGGGCGGGACGCUCGGUCAUCCCCGCCGGCCUCGCCCAGCAGCCAUGGCCGCCGGCCCCGCGCCGCCCCCCGAUCGCUCUGGGGCGCAGAUGCCGCAUCUGAGGAAGGUGCGAGGCGGGUGGGUGUCCCGCCAUCCCCCGAUUUCCCGGCGCCCGAGGCCGGAAGGGGCCGGAGAGCAUGGGGCGCGGGGCCGCGCGGGGCGGGGCGGGCCUGGGGCGGCGGCUCUGCGAGGCCGGGCGGGGCGGCGAGGCCUGGGGCCCCUUGGGGGUCUCCCCGGGUCUCCCCGGCCCUCCCCGGCCCGCCCCGCGUGCCCGCCGCCAGCUGUGGCCUGGAAUCUGCCGCCGCCGCCGCGCGUUAAUCUCCGCGCUCCCGGAUCUGGGGCAUCCCGGCCGGUGCCGUGCCAGGGAAUCAGGGUUGCGGGGGCGGCCAGAGCACCCCCUGACGACUCCCUCCGCCCAGAUGGAGCGGGUGGUCGUGAGCAUGCAGGACCCCGACCAGGGCGUGAAGAUGCGGAGCCAGCGCCUGCUGGUCACCGUCAUUCCCCACGCGGUGACAGGUGAGGCGCGCCGGGGCGGGGGUGCGUGCGCUCCUCGGCCUCCUUCCACCUCCGUCUCUCCCGUGCAGGCAGCGACGUCGUGCAGUGGUUGGCCCAGAAGUUCUGCGUCUCGGAGGAGGAGGCCCUGCACCUGGGCGCCGUCCUGGUGCAGCAUGGCUACAUCUACCCGCUGCGCGACCCCCGUAGCCUCAUGCUCCGGCCAGACGAGACGCCCUACAGGUUCCAGACCCCGUACUUCUGGACAAGUACCCUGUGGCCGGCUGCAGAGCUGGACUAUGGUGAGCAAGGGGACGGCUGGCCCCAGACAAGCUCCCAGGACUGGGGACCUCAGGGUGACGCCGUGGGGCAGGGCAGAGCUGGCCCCUCUGCAGGCUGUCCCUGUCUUUCCAGCCAUCUACCUGGCCAAGAAGAACAUCCGAAAACGGGGGACCCUGGUGGACUAUGAGAAGGAGUGCUACGACCGGCUACACAAGAAGAUCAACCACGCGUGGGACCUGGUGCUGAUGCAGGCGAGGGAGCAGCUGCGCCAAGCAGCGCAGGAAGGGGGACAGGCUGGUCAUUGCCUGCCAGGAGCAGACCUACUGGCUGGUGAACAGGCCCCCGCCCGGGGCCCCCAACGUGCUGGAGCAGGGUCCAGGGCGGGGAUCCUGUGCCGCCAGCCAUGUGCACAUGGUGAGCCCCUGCGUGCGUGCUGGCCGCCCUCUCGCCCUGCACACCAGCUGCACCCUGCUGGACCCACCAUGGGACUGCCCGUCUGCCCGUCAUUUAGUCCACCCAGAGGGCACUUGGUGCAGCCUCCCCAAGCCCCUGCUCACUCCCAGUCACUCCCUGUUCCCCAGGCCCCUGCUAACUCUCGCUUUCUCUUCCCUCCCACCUGCUGCCCUGGGUGCAGGUGGAGGCCUCCAGAACCAGAGGGACCAGACCACAGGGAGAAUCUGAGCCCUGCAGCAGCAAAAGCCUUCGUUCAAACCAAGACCAAGAGUGCAGAUUUCUAUAAGCGGGAGAUUGAGUACUGCAGGAGAGCGCUGGACAGGACCCGGGUGAAGUCCUCCGUCUGCCUUGAGGCGUACCUGAGUUUCUGCGGCCAGCAUGGACCCCACGACCCCCUCGUGUCGGGGUGCCUGCCCAGCAAUCCCUGGAUCUCAGACGACGACGCCUACUGGGUCAUGAAUGCCCCCACGGUGGCUGCCCCCACAAAGCUCCGUGUAGAGAGAUGGGGCUUCAGCUUCCGGGAGCUCCUGGAGGACCCCGUGGGGCGGGCCCACUUCAUGGACUUUCUGGGAAAGGAGUUCAGCGGAGAAAACCUCAGCUUCUGGGAGGCAUGUGAGGAGCUUCGAUGUGGAGCGCAGGCCCGGGUCCCCACCCUGGUGGGUGCCGUGUACCAGCAGUUCCUGGCCCCCGGAGCUGCCCGCUGGGUCAACAUCGACAGCCGGACCAUGGAGCAGACCCUGGAGGGGCUGCGCCAGCCCCACCGCUACGUCCUGGAUGACGCCCAGCUGCACAUAUACAUGCUCAUGAAGAAGGACUCCUACCCAAGGUUCCUGAAGUCUGACACGUACAAGGGCCUCCUGGCAGAGGCUGAGAUCCCACUGGAGACGAAGAGACGCAUGUUCCCGUUCACGUGGAGGCCACGGCACUGGAGCCCCAGCCCUGCACUCCUUCCCACCCCUGUGGAGCCCACAGCGGCUUGUGGCUGUGGGGGUGGAGAUGGGGUGGCCUAGUGGACCUGGCCCAUCUGCCACUCUAGUCCCUGCAGCUCAACAUCCUGCGUGAAUGCAGCAGCCACCCCCGUCUUGGCCCAGGUCCUGGUGGCUGCUGAACCCAGCACCAGUGUCCCCUUGUGCCCAGGGGGCCCAGUCUUGCUGUGGGGUGCACAGCCUCCCUUCCUCCAGCAAGCCCUCCCUGCCCAGAAGGAAUGGGUCCAGCUGUGGGUUCCCAGGGAGGGGGUUCACUGGCUCAGCUUGGGUCAGGGCAGCGCCUGUUACCUGAAGAGAGGUGAGACUGAGGCCGCACGGAGCUCCACCUUCUCUGGUCUUCAGUCCAGCAAUGGGUGCCCAUCCCCAUCUCUAAAGCCAGUAGAUCAACCAGCAAAUACCCAGAAGCAAGAUGCACAGACGGGCGGCUUCCCACACACCCGUCACAAGAUGCGGAGAUGCAGGUCUCAGCGCGAGCACUGCCCCAUCCAAGCCUCUCCGCUGCCGCCCAGUGUGACCCUGGAAGAGGUCCCAAGAGAGUGCCGUGCUGAGGCUGCCUCGAGCUCACUGCCUUCCGGAGCUGCGCCUAUUCCUCCCUCGCCAAACGCAUUCCAGAAUUUGUCCACAGGUGCGCCAGCACCUGCAUUUCCACCUCGAGGCCGCGGCUUCCCCCCCAGAUUUAUAGACAACUCUGACAGGCCCCCCACUGACGAGGCCCCCGAUUCCAUAGGGUGGAUCCUUGCCAGGUGUCCCUGAUCCUCCCUGCCCAAGCCUUCCUUCGUGAGCUGGCAUUGCUCCCCAUCCCCCAAGUGCCCCACCACUCCCCCAUACUGGGUGAAGGUACAGCUGGCUCCUUUUGGGGGUGCAGCUUCAACUAUCUCGGCGGUAGGGCGGUGCCAUCCCCACCCAUAGGGCUGGCUCACAUCCAGUCACUCCCAACAGCUUCCAGCACACAAAUAAACGACCCUUGGGCCCUGGCUCUGA